ACUGGCCGUUGAUUUUCGCGGUCGAAGACUUCAGUAUUCAACGUUAAGCGCAGUGCUACGCGUGCUACCAGUGUUUCUUCUAUUGUUAUUAUCAAUCUUUUGCUUAAGAAGAUGGCAUCAUCUGAGAAUUUCGAAACAAAUUUGAAAAUCGUUUUUCAAACCUUUGGAGACGGCUUUACUAACCCAGAUUCUAUUAUCAAAAAAAUCGAUGACACCACCAUUGAACGGGGUAGGAUGCGUCUCACCGUCACAAAAAUUACGACGUCACCCAAAGAGACUUUCGAAUUUUUAAAAUCAGAGGUGAAAGAUGAGUCAAUUGAGGAGUCGGCUCCAUUCAUUCUCUUAUUUGGGCGCAGUGGGUCGAGGAAGUCUUCCACCGUUUUUGGGCGAGACGGAUGUGAUUUUCCUGGACUUGCCCGGUCAUGGUUCCCUGCUGGCACUAAUAUUGAAAUAAGAAUGAUGGAGUUCAAAGACGGCGUUUUUUUCGAUUUGGUCAAAAUGUGGAAUGAUGGUGAUCGCAUGGGAUCCAAGGACAGAAUUACGAAUCCGUGCUGGACCAGCUUGAACAACAUUAAACAUCUGCUGUCAUUCCAAUCCCUCGCAGCAACGGCGAAUAAUAAACAAUCGUCGCGCGGAUUUAUUUGGCUGGAGUUCGUUGCCUUUGACAAAUUAUGAACAAGCAAUUCUGUCGACCCCAAUUUAUCACGUUUCGUUAUCAACCCUAAUCUUGAGAUAAAUCGAUCACGGAAUCAAGAUAUUCUUGGGGAGGAGUUUAGGUUUUGAAUAGGAGCUUCAUAAAAUCCAUUCUCAAUGAGUAUCUACGUUAAAAAAGGAAUAUACAUUAGGGUGGGUUGAAAAAAAACUUUUUUUUUGUUUUUCUUAGCAUGGGGGUAGAAUUUGUACCUUAUAAAAAAAAAAAAAGUUUUAAGAAAAAAAAAAUUUUUUUACUCAACAUUUUGGGGUGGCCCACUCGUUUUUAAAAUAAAUAAUUGAUCAAACGGGGUAGUCCCAACGAAAAAAAUUACAUGGUGUUCUAGAAUCUGUAGGGUGUCCCCUUGAAAGUUAAUUGAAAGUCAGAAGUUGAAAAAAUUUUUUUCCUAUUAUUUUUGUAAUUUAAGAAAAAAAUCCAAAAAUGAAAAGCAUUUUCUUUUGAAUUAAAAUGAAAAUGAAGUAAAAAAAAAUCACAUUCGACAAUUAUUAGAUGUUUUCCACGAUUUUGGACAAAAAAAAAUUUUUUUCGUUGGAACUACCCCGUUUAAUCAAUUAUUUAUUUUAAAAACGAGUGGGCCACGUCAAAAUGUUGAGUAAAAAAAUUUUUUUUUUCUUGAAAAUUUUUUUUUUUUAUAAGGUACAAAUUCUACCCCCAUGCUAAGAAAAACAAAAAAAAAGUUUUUUUUUCAACCCACCCUAAUAUACAUGCCAAAUUUCAAGUCAAUAGAACCUGUAGUUUCGGAGAUCUCGUAAUGAAUGACGGGUAUUUCGCUUAUAUAUAUAUAUAUUAGGGUGGCGCAAAAAAACCGACUAUUUUUUUUUUCCAUCUCGCAUGAAAAUUUUUUGGUUUACGAUGUUUUAAGAAGCCUCUCCACAAAUCAGCUCGAUAAAAAAUUUUUAAGAGGUCGCUCACGAAUUUUAAAAAUAUCAGAAAUGAUCGAAAUUCGGAUUUUUAUUGAAAAAUUUUUUUUUUUUUCGUGGCAGCAAUAGUUUAUAUUUGUGAAAUCAUGACUAUGCUGAAAAUUUCAGCCCAAAAUUUAAAUAUUUAAACGGCGCUCAAGAAUUUCGAAUGUUUCCGAGCGCAGUCUCUUGGACGUUUUUGAGCAACCCUUAAAUAUUAAUAAUGAAGCUUCUCGAUUUUUUCACCAUCAAUUUGCAUGACAAUGAAUGAAAAUAUAACCCGAGAAAUAGAAAUAAUAAGUUAUUUACAUACUUUUUUAUUUUUUAAUCCAAUUUGUAGGUUUUUUUGCUUAUUCAAAACUGACCGAAUUUCAUUGUUUAAGACUGUUCUGGAUAUUUUUGGUUAUGCAAAAGUUAUAUUUAAGUGAAAUGACAAUAAUUGAGUUAUAAAAACUAAUUCAAACUAUUAGUUACAUAUUAUCAGUUAAUAUUCGAAAUUCUUGAGCGCCGUUUAAAUAUUUAAAAUUUAGGCUGAAAUUUUCAGCAUAGUCAUGAUUUCACAAAUAUAAACUAUUGCUGCCACGAGAAAAAAAACAUUUUUUAAUAAAAAUCCGAAUUUCGAUCAUUUGUGAUAUUUUCAAAAUUCGUGAGCAACCUCUUAAAAAUUUUUUAUUGAGCUGAUUUGUGGAGAGGCUUCUUAAAACAUUGUAAACCAACAAAUUUUCAUGCGAGAUGGAAAAAAAAAAAUAGUCGGAUUUUUUGCGCCACCCUAAUAUAUAUAUUAGAUCGAUUAAAAAAAAAUCGAGUAAUUUUUUUAUCAAGAACACACACUCAAAAGUUUCAGUAGAAUAAAAGAAGACGCCAGUUAAAAUUUGAGCCCUUAACAUUAAUAUUAACCCUUUAGAGUCUGACCUUGAAAUCCCACUCUUCGAACUGGCGGAGCCCGAUAGAAUUAGAAAGAGCGCGAAGCAAAUGUGACAGGGCCGUAUUAUAAGAGAAAAAAUUUCACCUAAGCGGGAAUUAAAAAUUAUUUUAUUUUUUAUUUUUAAUUUAUUAAAUAAUAAAUAUCAAAGGACUUAAAUACAAAGUAAGAACAACAUUUGGUUUCAUUAUAAAUAUAAUUAAGUAAUAUUGCAAUUACCUAAAAAUGUAUCAAAUUUUUUUAAUUUUUCUAACCUUACUUUCGGAGACUAUUUCCGCACGUCAACAAUACUAACUACGGCACUGUCGAUGAACGCAGCGCGAGAUUCAAACGAGUGGAAGGGUACUCACAGGCACACUACUACUCUCACAUGUCACUCAUACAUGCUCACGGGACUCUACGAUUCGCGCUCUCCCCACUAGUCUCACACAGAGACGUUUCGAGAUCCUCUGACUCUAAAGGGUUAAUUUAUAAUAAUAAAAUUAAAAUUUAACACAAAAAAAUAAUAUAAUUUUAAGUUUAAUAAUUUGGCGCAGUCUUUUAAUGCGUUGAUGACAAUUGCAUUUGAAAUAAAAUAAAAUACAUAUAUAUAUAGCAAUUGACAAUUUCAUCAUUAUCGAUUUAUCGAAAAUAUUAAAAUUUUAUUCUACUAAUUUUUGAUUAAUAAAAUAUUUUUUUUUUGUCACUCUAAUAAUUAAAUUUUUUUUCAAGAAAUUGUUAAUGUAAAUAUAAAUAAUCUUGAAAAAUGUAUGAAAUAAUUAUGUAUUAAAUGUAUUAGAGUGAACUUUUACUUUCAUAAACACAUGAA